AUGGCCUCGCAGGGAGUGGCGGUGUUGGGACCAAGAGGAAGCGGACUGACGACAGAACAGAGCUAUGAGCUGGGAAGCCAGGAAGCCGUUGGAGAUGGAAAAGUUGGAGAAAUCCUGUGUCUCUUUCUCACACAGCAGGACUGGACUCAAUGGAAGACGGGAGGUUGCUUCUGCCGAACCGACCGGGGGUUCCACUUGUUUGUGGAGGAGAAGGAGGCAUGUGGGGAAGGAGAAAAGCGACAGCUGAUCCGGACCCCGAGAACCGCCCAAAUCCGACCAGUCCGGUUGAAGAACGGCAACAGCACUAACACAUACGGCCCCGGGGGGAAACGGGAGGAAACCCCAAGUAAACCCCACACUAACUGCCCAGCAUGGAAUGGCACAAGUCACCUUGCCUUAUCCAUUCAUCAGAUCACUCACCCCCAGAUCUCCGCAAAGUCACGAGUCUAUGCCACAUUCUGCGGCAAUACUCGUUCUUCCCCUUCUCCUACAGGCUACAGACUGCCCUCAUCAUCCCGCUCUCCGGCCCACUUCGGAUCCUGCGCCAUCGGGCCGCACCCCGGGACCAAUCGCGGCCUCGUCCCCGAGGCUCGCUCUAUUGCGGAGUACCGGCGGGAUUGCGACGAUGGGAUUCGCCCAAUAUCUCCCCGACAGCGGGACUCUGCCGUGUUGCGAGUGAGCCCUCUCUCCAAGACGACCCCUCCGAUUAAUCCUCCGCACGCCUCGUGCUCCAAGGAAUUUUGUCGUACAAGAGACGAGAUUCACUUCAGUCUUGAGCCGCUUCUCCCGGCUGAACUAGAUACCCCCCCUUUCAAGGAAAUCAUCAUGGUCCGUCUUCGCGAUGGCAUGUGGCUGCCCGCCGAGGGCACGGCGACAGAGUACGCAGAGGAAGUUUACUACACCACUGAGAUUGAGGGUGGAAAGGGCCUCAGCUUGUUGUGCCCGACGAGAAAGAUCAAGACGCGGGGUCACACUUUGAAUGCGAGCACAGUCACUCUUGAUGUCAAGGCCGAAUUCGACGGCGUCAUCUCAGUCGAGGCAACGCACUGGGCCGGCGCCCUCAACAAGGGCCCCCAUUUUGAGCUCUUCCCCGACGGCAGACCACCAGAAGCCGAGACAAAAAUCACAAAGGGCGACAAGGGCACGACGACCCUGACCUCGGGCUCGCUGUCCGCGACCAUCCACCCAGACUUUGACAUACAGUUCCACAGCACCGACGGCGCCAAGCGGCUGACGUCGCUCGGCAGCCGAAGCGUCGGCCUCGCCUACAACCCCGCGCCAAGCACCCCGAUGCAGACGGGCGACAUGCGCGACUUCAAGCACUACAUGUUCACCCAGACCACCCUCGGCGUUGGCGAGACCAUCCACGGCCUCGGCGAGCGCUUCGGCGCCUACAAUAAAGUCGGCCAGUCCAUCUCCCUCUGGAACGCCGACGGCGGCACUUCCAGCGAGCAGGCCUACAAGAACGUCUCCUUCUGGCUCAGUUCCAAGGGCUACGGCGUGUUUAUCGACACGCCGGGGCGCGUGGAGCUCGAGGUCGGCAGCGAGCGCUGCAACCGCCUGCAGACCGUCGUCGAGGGCCAGCGGCUCAAGUGGUACCUGAUCUACGGGCCCACCCCGAAAGACAUCCUCAAGCGCUACACCACGCUCACGGGCCGCGCCGGCAAAGUACCCAGCUGGAGCUUCGGCCUGUGGCUGACGACGAGCUUUACGACGAACUACGACGAGGAGACGGUCAACACGUUCCUCGAGGGCAUGAAGGCCCGCGGCUCGCCCGUCGACGUGUUCCACUAUGACUGCUUCUGGAUGAAGGCUUUCACGUGGACCGACUUCGUCUUUGACUCGGAGCGCUUCCCGGACCCGAAGGCGCAAAUCGCCCGCCUCAAGGAGUCCGGGCUGUGCAAAAAGGUCUGCGUGUGGAUCAACCCCUACAUCGCGCAGCACGGCGAGGCCUUCAAAGAGGCCGCGGACAAGGGAUACCUCGUCAAGCGCAAGAACGGCGACGUCUGGCAGUGGGACCUGUGGCAGGCCGGCAUGGGCCUCGUGGACUUCACCAACCCGGACGCCUGCGCGUGGUACGAGGAGAAGCUCAACACCUUGUUCGACCAGGGCGUCGACGCCAUCAAGACGGAUUUCGGCGAGCGCAUCCCGACCCUCGACGUCGAGUGGCACGACAAGACGAUCGACCCGGUCAAGAUGCACAACUACUAUGCCUUCUCCUACAACAAGGUCGUCUACGAGGCGCUGCAGAAGCGCUACGGCGCCGACGAGGCCGUCCUCUUCGCACGCGCCGCGUGCGCCGGCACCCAGCGGUUCCCGCUCCAGUGGGGCGGCGACUGCGAGUCCACGCCCGAGGCCAUGGCCGAGUCGGUCCGCGGCGGGCUCGGGCUCGGCCUCAGCGGCUUCUCGUUCUGGAGCUGCGACAUCGGCGGGUUCGAGGGGUACCCGCCGCCGUGGAUCUACAAGCGGUGGGUGGCCAUGGGUCUGCUGUGCAGCCACAGCCGGCUGCACGGGAGCAGCUCGUACCGCGUGCCCUGGGUGAUUGACGACGACGAUAAGUCCGAGGAAGGGUGCUCGCAGACGCUGGCGACGUGGACGAAGCUCAAGGCGAGGCUGAUGCCGUAUAUCUACGCGCAGGCGCAGACGGCGGUGGAGAGGGGGUUGCCGCUCUCGCUGAGGGCCAUGUGCAUCGAGUUCCCCGAGGACCCGACGUCGUGGUACCUCGACCGGCAGUUCAUGGUCGGCGACAGCCUGCUUGCGGCGCCCAUCUUUGAGGAGUCGGGCGAGGUGGAGUUUUACCUCCCCAAGGGGAAGUGGACGUCGUUCUUCUCCGGGGAGCACCGCGAGGGGCCGGGGUGGUUCAAGGAGACGCACGGGUUCGGGACGCUGCCGUUGUACGUGCGGGAGAACUCGAUUCUCGUGCUGGGAGCUGAGACGGCCGUCGGCGCCGUGUAUGACUACGUGAGGGACAAUGAGGUGCGGCUGUACCAGGUCAAGGAGGGGGCGGCGGCGACGCUGGUGGGGAGCGACGGUAAGGAGAUUGGUGUUUUGGAAGUUGGGGCGGAUGGGAAGCUCAAGGAUACCGUCUUGUUGAAUGGCAAGAUUUCCAUCAAGGAGCUCUGA